UCCCAUUCCCAGCCCUAAUCUUGGUUUUUAUUCCCAUUUUUCUUGCUCUAAUCCAAAUUUUACUCCCAUUUCUCCAGGAUAAGAAGGGAUCCCAGCCCUUACCUGAUUUAUCCCCAAUUUCCACCCUCCCAUUCCCACCCCUAAUCUUGAUUUUCUCUCUCUCUUUUCCAGCUCCUUCCGCUUCGACUCCCUGGGCUCCUUCUCCUCACGGGAUUCCCGGGAUCCCUUCCGGGGGGGGGGCUCAGAUCAUGGGGAUCCCUUUGGGGCCCCCCCCCCAAACCGGGUCCCCUUUGGGGCCCCCUCCCCGCGCUGCCCCCCCCGGGCCGCCCUGGCCUCUCCCCGUUCCCGCUGCCCCCCCCGCGGCCGCCGCCUCCCGGAGCCGUUCCCGGCCCCUUCCCCGCGCUGGGGCUGCCCCCGGGCCUGCCCUCGCUCUUCUCCCAGGCCCUGGAGUACCCUGGGGAUUACCCUGGGGAUUACCCUGAGUACCCUGGGAUUACCCUGAGUACCCUGGGGAUUAUCCUGGGGAUUAUCCUGGAGAUUUUCCCGGAGAUUUUCCCGAUUUUCCCGGCGAUUUUCCCGAUUUUCCCGGCGAUCCGGGGGCGCCCCCAUGGGCCGAGGCCCCUUUGGCCUCAGGAGGAGGGAGAGGAUGGGAGCCCUGCCCUGGAACGGCCUGCACGGGGGUCGUCGCCGGGGGCUCCGCGCUCGCUCCGGGGGGCGCUGGGAGCCCGAGGGGCCUCGCAAACGGAAACGCUCGGGGAACGAGACUGGGAAUGAUGGGAAUGAAACUGGGAAUGACGACGGGAAUGAUGGGAAUGAAACUGGGAAUAACAACGGGAAUGAGCCCGGGAAUGAUGGGAAUGAAACCGGGAAUGAAACCGGGAAUGACAACGGCAACGAGGAGCCCAAACAGCCCCAGAGCGACAGCGACUGCGAGCACGGAGAUGAAGGGGAAGGAGAGGACAAAUCCCUGGAUGAGGCAGACAAAGGU